AUGUCAUUGAGCAAGGUACCCGCACAAGAAGGUGUCGUCCAUACAUUUGGCUUCAACUUAACAGCAUUUGAAUUUACACGCGGCACCAAGCAAGCCACACCAAAUAUCAUCUUGUUCAUUGGAGGAUUGGGCAAUGGGUUGUUAAAUGUUCCCUAUUUACCUGCUCUUGCUAAAGCUUCGACAAAUUUCAAAUCCAAAGAUGGCGAAAAGUGGAAUGUGGUACAAGUGUUGCUAUCUUCGUCGUAUUCUGGAUUCGGCACCAGUAGUUUGGACAGAGACUCGAAGCAAAUUAGAAAAGCUAUCGAGUACUUUCGGUCAGAGGCUGGUGGGAGCAGGCGCAAGAUAGUGUUAAUGGGACACUCAACUGGAUGUCAGAAUUCGUUGCAUUACUCAAUAAAUAUCAACAACAGAGCUGACACUCCAGAGUCGAGCAAGGUUCAGGGUGCCAUUUUACAAGCGUCAGUCUCUGACUCCGAAGCGUUUUCGAAUGAUUUGAAAAAGGAGGAAUUGGGUGCCUACCUAAAGGAAGUUUAUGAUGAUUAUAUCUCUCAAGGUAGGGAGUCACAUAUCUUGCCCGAGAAGUUUAGAAGAUUAGUAUUCAAUACGCCAAUAACUGCUUAUAGGUUCUACUCAUUAGUGAGUAAACGGGGCGAUGAUGAUUUUUUUUCAUCCUAUUUGGCCCAAGACGAUUUCGAAAAGACGUUUGGAAAAAUCACUGUCCCGUUGUUGGUGUUGUAUUCAGGAAAGGACCAGUUUGUUCCUGAUUCGGUAAACAAGGUAGAUUUGGUUUCCAGGUUUAAAGAUUCUACGCCCGCAAUAUACUGGAACGACAACAGUAAGAUCAUUGAAGGAGCUACGCACGACUUGGGUGACGGUUCUGAUGAUGGUGUCGUUGACGUUUUGCUUGAGUCGGUAACAAAGUUUAUUGAAGACUUGUGA